AUGGCAGAUAAUUCAUGGAGUCAAACUUUGAUAACAGUGACACCAGAAGAAGAUGGUUACCUUCGUGAAAUAACUGAGACAACAAUAAUAUCUGGUCAUGAUGAUCAACAGCUAGAUCUUGAUACUGAUAAUAUAACAACUCGUCAGUCACUUUUAAAUAUUACCCAAGAUUUUAUUGAUCCACGAGAGCUAGAGCCAUUAAUUCUCAAAGAAUCAGAAUGCCAGACUUAUAUGAAAGGUGUUCCAACUGUAGAAUUUGAUAUAUCAUAUCGAGAUGAAGCAACACAAACACUUUACAUUGGAAAAAGUCAACGACCAAGUCUUGUUGACGGCAUGAAGACCAUCACCAAUGUUAUGAACAAAAAACCAUUGCCAAUAAUAAAAACAAGUCAAGCUGCACAAACAUUAAUAACAUUUGAUUCUGAACAACCUGAAGAAAUUAUUCAUGAUAUUUUAGAACAAGAAAUUGACACAAAUCAUGAUAAAUAUCCAGAUGAUGAACAGCAAAUAAUUCAAAUUGAAAUAAAAAUAACAACACAAACAAGUUUAACAUUAGAAUCAAAAAUUUCAAAUUCACAUCUUAUUGAUGAUUAUCUUGAGACAAAAAAUUGUGUUAAAAAUUAUUUAGAUUAUUGUAUUGAUUUGGGUGUUUAUUCAAGAAUAAUGAUUGAUGAUUUUAUUGAUGAAUUGAUUGAUAAAUCAUGUGAAAUUGUUAGACUGCCAACAAAAAGUGAAGCUAUUCAAACAGUUGCCUCUUGUCAGUAUGGUAAUUUAAAUGAAAAUGAUGUUAUCAAAAGAUUGUCAAUGCCAGUUAAUAUUGAUCCAGUUGAAGCAUCAAUAAUUGGUCAAUUUAUUGUCAACAAAAUUAUAGAUAAUGUUUUAAUUGAAAUUAGAAAAAAUGCUAAUGAAACAGUGGCAUUUAUAAUGAAUAAAUUGAUGAAUAGAAUUGAUGGAAUAGCUGAUAAAUUAAUGGAAAUAAAUCGUGAAGCUGAGUUACCAUCAAUUGAUGAAAAAUUAAUAUUGAGAAAAAAAAAAUUAGCAUCAUUAUUGUUGGUGAAAAAAAAAAUUGAAGAUGCAUCAACACAAACUGGAUUUGCUGGUGUUCCAAAUGUUGCAAAAAUAAAAAAUAUUCAUCGGGUUGUUUGUGAAACUUGUCCUGAAGAAGCAAGCUGUACACGUGAUAUUUUAUUGGCUUAUAAGCCACGUUAUAUUACUGCUGAUACUGAGGAAGUUACAAAUGACAUGAAAUUACCAUGUUCAGUUGAAUCAUCAUCAAGUUAUCAUCGUAAUAAAGCAGGUGGUGAUGAUUUUGAUGUUAUUUCAAGUGAAGAACUAAGUGAUACACCAUUACAUUCGACAAAGAUUAAUGUAAAUAAAUAUCAGUAUGCUGGAUCAACAAGUGGAUGGUCAAAUUUUGUCAAAGAUACAGCUGAUACUUGGGCACCAGGAACAUCUAAAAAUUUGUAA